AUGUUAAAAUUGGAUAUGAAAUGGGUGGGCGAGUGGGGAGUUGGGAUUUUGGAGUGUGGUUUUGGGUGUCAUGAGGAAGAAGGUGACAACAUCGCGCAUGAGGCAGAGCAGCCCGAGAUUGCUGAAGUUUUCAAAAGCGGCUAUUAUGGGUGUCAGCUCUCAGGAUGUUCCAAAGACAACUGCUGCGAGCCCAGGAGAAAGCGGGCAGGCCAUCGUGACUACAGAAAAGAGCAAGGUGCAAGAGACGAGCACUACAGGAAACCCACCAUCCACUCCUGUGAUGUCACCUACCACCUUAAAGGGACCACCACCCCAGACAACCUGGGAAACCUACCACGCACCACCGUGGCACUGCCCCACCUGCCUCAGCAGGUCAGCUCUUCAACUAGCUCCAAAGCCUCAGCAGCCACCCCUCCUACAACUUCCAGUGCGGCCCAGCAGCAGCCCAGCACUUUACCCAGCUUGGGAAGCUCCACAGCCACCACCGCUGAACGCUCCGUCUCCACUCACACUUCAGCCACCCCAGGAGAUUUAGGGCCUGCUGUCACACCAUCUCCCAGUGUACCAGCUCAGGGAAAACAGUCUUCAGACCAGUUGACCAGCACUGCUGCAACUACCAGAGUCACAACGAGCAACCUUUCCCCUGGGCUCAAGGACCAUGGUGUCUCUUCUCCCCCAUCCAUCACCAAGCAGCCUCACUCUUCUCCCAGUUCUCCAGUCCAGGGACUGGACUCUUCCACCAGAACUGGAAGCAUCAAAACUUCUGUUACCCCUUUUGAUGGAUCCAUCUCCAUCACCACUAGUAAAGCAUCUCUGUCUGUAGCACCUGGCAUCACCAACAAGGUCCCAGAAACAGCCACCACCCAGACUCCUGGACCAGACCAGGGAAGCCACGACGCUACAUCUGUGUCAACCAAAGCUCCAACUGCUGACCAGAGCCCUGCCAGUACACAGCCAUCAGCCCCAGCUCCAGGGGACCACACAGAGAGCAUCAGUCCUGGCCACCAGCAUCCUAACACUUCUUUCCAAAAUGAGGUCAUCUGUAAAGACCAGGUGCAAAAUAAUUGGCCCACCAUAUAUCUGAAAGAAGCUAAAACCUGUGCCGAGUGGAGGAGCGCCAGCACCAACGUCUCCUUCUUCGAGAGCUUCUGCUCGACGCGGCAGCGCGCGUUCAACGCCAGCAGGGAAACGUGCACGGUGACGCUGACCUCCGGCGAGCCCCGCUCCCAGCACUGGGCCGUGCAGGCGGUUCUGCACCUCCCUUUGGACCCUGAAAACGUCCUCGAGGAGCUGAAGGAGAAGACGGACAGGUUAGAGGAGCUCGGCAUCGCCAACAUCACCUACGACAGAAUGGAGAGGGAAAUGGUCAUCAACGAUGAGUUCAGCACACCCCUGAUCAUCACCAUCAUUACCCUGGCCGGCUCCCUGCUGCUGAUCGCGGCCAUCUACGGCUGCUGCCACCAGCGCUUCUCCCAAAAGAAGGACCAGCACAUCCACCCUGAUCUCCCCGGGUUUGAUGAUGGACAUGUGGCCCUGAUCUUUAAUCAGCGCCUGACCGAGGAGCUGCAGACGAUGGAGAACGGCUACCAUGAUAACCCCACGCUGGAGGUGAUGGAGACCUCCUCCGAAAUGCAGGAGAAGAAGGUGAACCUCAACGGCGAGCUCGGGGACAGCUGGAUCGUGCCUCUCGACACCCUAAUGAAGGAGGACCUGGAGGAAGAGGAGGACACACAUUUAUAG